AUGCCACGCACCACCUCUCCUUCUCAGUUCCCGACCUUUUCUCCAUCCUCAUCGCCAUCCACCUCUCCCACCCUCUCUGGUCAACACGCACUCCCAGACAGUACUGGCGCCCAAUAUUCGCCCCCCAUCGCACCCGCCAACGUUUCGCGCUCGCGUUCCCAGUCGAUGGCGACUGGAAACCGCCCGGACCGCAACUUUAUCAAACCCAUGACAACCUUUGACUCGCCCACCAGCGUUAGGUUCGAGGAGCCAUGGCCCAGCAACAACGACGCCAGCAACAUGUCACCGUUUGGCGGCAACAUACGCACCUUUGGUGAGGCCGACGAACAACCGCAGCGCCCCACGGCCACCCAGGCGGCGAGCUUUAGAACGCCCCAGGACCCUACGUUCGGCUCGCGUGCUGCAUGGAAGUCUCCCACGACCUCGGCACUCACGGCCUCGGUCAGCAAGGCACUCGGCUCCCAGCCCAGCUACUCGUCGGUCGUGGGCGGAUUCGAUGAUAGUACCAACGGCGGUCGCUCUGGCACCAACAGCCGUCGCCAUUCAAUGUCGGUCGUCGGGGCUGGGCCUCGGCGUGGGUUCGGCUACAACGAGGGCCAGGCAAUGAGCACCCUCAAGGCUUCGUCUCGGCGCGGCGUUACAUCCAUGGGGUUCACUGACGAGGAGCUUCUCCCGGAGCGCCUUAGCAAUGCGCUGAGCCUCACACAGGUGGACGAGCCGCACAGCGAGACAGAGGUCGCUACCAGCCUGCCCAUGUUCACCCCGCAGAUUGGCGAGCCUCCGCGUAGCAUCCCGCGCUCCAACCCCGCCCCUGCCGACCCGUUCUUCAGCUCAUCGCAGGAGAAGCAGGAACGCAGCAAGUUCAACUUCGAGAACACACGUGGCCGUGCAUCUUUCUCGAUGCCUCCUGGUCCCGGAUCUGGCUCGAGCCCUGACUCUGGCCGCGAGGCUCACCGUCCUACCCCCGUUGGUGCACCGGUGCGUGCUCCGGCGCCCGGCGCUGGCGCCUUUGGCAACCCGAUGUACGACGCACGCUUCGGUGCGCCCUCGCGACCUGGGUUCCCCGGUGGUCCUUUCUCCCAGCCGCCUAUCGGUCCUGGCCCCACCUUUGGCCGCCCGCCCUCUGGCUUUGGCGGCUUCUAUGGCGGCGUCGGCCAGCAGCAGGGUGGGCCGCGCCCUCCUUUCCCUCAGAGCGGUGGCUUCGGCGGCAUGGGUGGCGGCAUGGGCGGCAUGGGCGGUAUGGGUAUGGGCGGCAUGGGCGGCAUGGGCAUGGGCGGCGCUAUGGGCGGCUCUGUGGGCGGCGGCAUGGGCCCAGGGUUUGCUCCUGGUCCCGGCGGCUUCCUUGGUGGCCCUGUUCCGCCCGGCCCUGGCCAGCUCACCGGCAGCGGCUUCGGCGGACCUGGCAGCCAGCCCAACUACUUUGCUCCCCCGCCUUCGGCACCCGGCGCGCCUACAUCCCCGUCGUCAUUCUCCUCGCUUUCACUGGCAGACCUUGGCAAGGGGAUCCCCCUCACCAACCUUGCCCCAACGACGCCCCUCUACAUUGUCACCUUCAAGGCCGGCCGCCGUGACGUCUUCUAUUGCCCCGACCCGACGCUGCUGAUCUCAAAUGGCGACCGCGUCAUCGUCGAGGCGGACCGCGGCUCGGACCUCGGCACUGUGGUGUACGACCAGCUGACGCCCAUCGACGUACGCGAAUGGCAGGAGAAGCAGGCCACCCAGGCUCUACUCCAUGGCGCUUCUCCCCACCAGCCGCCUGGCAUGACGCUCUCUGGCGCCGACCAGCAGCAGCCUCCUCCGGGCAACUCCAACGGCAUUACUGGCCACAAGCGAACCAACAGCGGCCCCGUCCGCCCGCCAGCCCCUGGUCAGCUCGACUUCUCUGGCUCUGACCUCAACACGCUUCUCUCCGGCGUCGGCCCGAGCGGUAGCCAGAUGGACAUGGGUGGCGGCGGCAUCGGUGCGCGUGGCCCGCUCGCCAAGGAGAUCAUGCCCAAGCGCAUCUUUACCAAGUCUAGUGGCGGACCCGAGGAGCAGGCCCGCAUGGUCGAAAAGCUCAAGGACGAGUACGACGCAAUGUUGAUCUGCCGCGAAAAGGUCGUGCAGCGCGGCCUGCCGAUGCAGAUCGUCGACGCCGAGUACCAGUGGGAUAGGCGCAAACUCACCUUCUACUUCAAGGCUGAGAAGCGUGUCGAUUUCCGCGAACUGACCAAGGAGAACUUCCGCAUCUUCAAGUCCCGUAUCUGGAUGUCGAUGGUGCCCAAGGACGACCCUCGGGGCGGGCCUGCGUCGCCGGGCGCGGCGCCAGGCGGCCCCUCGAGUGCGAUGCCUGUCUGA